AUGUCCGAUGGAAAUGAUAGCAACGCCAAUAACAAAAAAGAAGAAGAUGAAAAUGUCAAUGAUCAAGAAGAAGAAGAAGAUGACGCCAAUGACCAAGAAGAAGAAGAUGAUGACGUCAAUGAUCAAGAAGAAGAAGAUGAUGACACCAAUGAUCAAGAAGAAGAAGAUGAUGACGUCAAUGAUCAAGAAGAAGAAGAUGAUGACGACGCCGGUAAGAUUUCAUCAACAUUGUCGAUAGAAGAAUCAGAUGAAUAUCUUAAUACUGAAAACGAUAAUAGUGCCAGUCAAAAUGACCACACUAAUCCUCAAUUGGUGACUACUCAAGAUAUUCGGUCAUUCUGCAGGAAAUACAAGAAUAUAAAUGGAAUAGGAGCUCCUAUUUUCAAAUAUGGAGCUAUGACGGGUCUGACCCAAGGAUUUAUCGAUGACAACUACAUUGAUUAUACUGAAGACAUAACAUUCAACCGUCAGACUAAAAAGGAGUUCACUAAAAGAAUUCCACACAUACUUACCGUUAAUUGGUUACCCAAAUCCAAGACAGACGACAAAAAUGAUAGUGAUGUGUACUUUACCAGAGAUGGUGACUCUGGCAGUCUUUAUUUCGUGUUGUCUUUCAAAUUUGACUUCAUUCCAGUAGCGAUGCAUCUUGCAGGUAGCACGAGCAACAGAAAAUCGUACGGUAUCCUACUCAAUUCGAUAUUCGAUGAAGUAAACAAAACAGAACGGAAAUUGUACAUGUGCUCUACGUACAAUUGUGAGUAGAUAUUCUUACUAAUAUUUUCUUUAGUUCUUUAAUGCAUUUCUUCUCUAUCAAAACCCUAACCACAAGUUUCCCAGUGAAUUAAAUUACCGAUUUGAAAAGUAUUUGCUAACGUGGUAGCUAAAAUUGAAAUUCAUAUUUUGACAGACUCUUCAAGUUUUAGGGUAGACCUCCAGUGAAACAAAUCUAAACACUUAAGACUAUUUUUGUUCCAUCUGUUUAAGGCAAGAUAUUUUACGUACUGCAAGCGAAUCUGAGACAGCGCAUAAUUUAUCUCUCUGUCAAACCGAUGUGAAAACUUGGUCUAGAAUUUUUAGGCGACCGUACCAUGAAACGACGCAAACAAGGUAGCUGAUAGAGGACACAAUCAUCUGCAAUGGCUCUCAACUAGAAAAUACAACGAAAAAAUAGCAAA